AUGUGGGAGAAUGUCGUGCCCGACAUCAUCGACUUCCGGACCGAUCCGUCGCACUACCGCCAUUGGCGGGUCGAGUAUGAUGGCGACAUCGCCAAUCUCUACAUGGAUGUCGACGAGGAUGGCGGCCUUUUCGACGGCUAUCAGCUCAAGCUCAAUUCCUACGAUCUGGGUGUCGAUAUCGAACUGGCCGAUGUGGUGCAGCGCAUGCGCUUCGAGCAUCCCGAGGUGAAGGUCGUCGUCAUGCAAUCGGGCAAGGACAAUGUGUUCUGCGCCGGCGCGAACAUCCGCAUGCUGGGCGGCGCGGCGCACGCGCACAAGGUCAAUUUCUGCAAGUUCACCAACGAGACGCGCAACACGUUCGAGGCGGCCGAAGCCGACUCGGGCCAGAAAUACAUCGCCGCGGUGAAGGGUGCCUGUGCCGGCGGCGGUUACGAACUGGCGCUCGCAUGCAACCACAUCAUGCUGACCGACGAUUCAUCGUCCUCGGUGGCGCUGCCCGAAGUGCCGCUUCUGGCUGUCCUGCCGGGUACGGGCGGGCUGACGCGUGUCACGGACAAAAGGAAGGUACGCCGCGAUCUGGCCGAUGUGUUCUGUUCGAUCGAGGAGGGCGUCAAGGGCAAGCGCGCCACCGAAUGGCGGCUUGUCGACGAGGUGGUGCCCAACUCUAAGUUUGCCGACGCCGUUCAGGCGCGCGCGAAGGAAUUCGCCGCCGCAUCGCCCAAGAACGCCCCCGAAAAGGGGAUUGCGCUCGACCCGCUCAAUCGCACGAUCGCCGAGGACGGUUCGGUCACUUAUUCGCUGGUCGAGGUCGCCGUCGAACGCGAUGGACGCCGCGCGACGAUCACCCUCCAUGGACCGGACGGUGACGCGCCGGCCGAUGCGGCCGCGCUGACCGCGCUUGGCGACCGGAGCUAUUUCCUGCGGCUGGCGCGCGAACUGGACGAUGCGAUCCUGCAUCUGCGCCUCAACGAGAUGGAGCUUGGGCUUCUGGCUUUCCGCAGCCAGGGCGACGCCGCCAAGGUGUUGGCUGAAGAAAAGCUUCUCUUCGACAAUGCCGAUCACUGGCUGGCCAACGAGAUCCUUCAAUACUGGAAGCGGGUGAUGAAGCGUAUCGACGUGACGUCGCGCUCGCUGGUCGCCUUCGUCGAGAAUGGCUCCUGCUUUGCCGGCAUGCUGGCCGAGGUGCUGUUUGCCGUCGACCGGACCUACAUGAUGGAGGGCGAUUUCGAGGGCGACAACCGCCCCGUCGCCUCGAUCACCCUGUCGCAGGCCAAUUUCGGCCCGUUCCCGAUGGCCAACGAUCUGACCCGGCUCGAAACGCGCUUUUUGGGCGAGCCCGAACGGGUCGAGGCGGCGAAGGAACAGAUCGGUGAGACCCUCGAAGCCUUCGAUGCGAACGAACUGGGACUCGUCACCUACGCCUUCGACGAUGUCGACUGGGAAGACGAGGUGCGCAUCUUCCUUGAGGAGCGCGCCAGCUUCUCGCCCGACGCGCUGACCGGCAUGGAAGCCAAUCUGCGCUUUGCCGGCCCCGAGACCAUGGAAACGCGCAUUUUCGGCCGCCUGACCGCCUGGCAGAACUGGAUCUUCCAGCGGCCCAAUGCGGUCGGUGAGGACGGCGCCCUGCAACGCUACGGAACCGGCGUGCGCGGGCAAUACAACAUGCAGCGCGUCUGA